GAUCGGUCUGAUCACUUAUUAGAAAUCUGCUGCUGAUCAUCGUUCAGGUCGUGACAUCAUUGGUCAACAUGAGUCCCAAACAUGUGGUCUUCAAGAAAGUGUCGCGGGACAAGUCGCUCUCUGUCUACAUGACCAAAAGAGACUUUGUGGACCACGGUGACUUUGUGGAUCCAGUCGAUGGAGUCAUCGUGAUCGACCCAGUGCUACGCGGAUCAAAGAAAGUGUUCGUGAUGCUGUCGUGUACCUUCCGCUACGGACCCCAGAAUGUGGAUGUGAUGGGCGUGGCCUUCAGGAGGGACCUGCUUCUGGUGACCCGGCAGGUUUACCCCGAGCUGCAGGACAAGGAGAAGCUGACUCACACCAAAACCCAGAAGAAGCUGCUCCAGAAGCUGGGACCUGACUCCUUCCCCUUCUUCUUUGAGUUUCCAGACCACCUGCCGUGUUCUGUUGCUCUGCAGCCUGGACCUUCUGAUGUGGGAAAGAAAUGUGCGGUGGAGUUUGAAGUGAAAGCUUUCUGUGGACACAACCAGGAUGAGAAAGACAAACAGAGCUCAGUGCGUCUCAGCAUCCGUAAGAUCCAGUUCAGUCCAGGACACUCCGACCAUGUUCCUGUGGCAGAAACAACCUUUGAGUUCCUUAUGUCUGAGAAACCUCUGAAAGUGAAGCUGAGCCUGGAGAAGGAGAUCUUCUACCAUGGAGAGCCUGUCAGAGUACACGUAGACAUCAACAACUCGUCCAGCAGGAACAUCAAAGACAUCACUGUGUCUGUGGAUCAGGUGACAAACAUCGUACUUUAUUCCAACGACAAAUACGUGAAGUCCGUCGCAAGAGAAGAGACAAUGGACUCCGUCCCCCCUGGGACUAGUCUAAAGAAGGACUACACUCUCUUUCCUCUGCUGAUCCACAACAAGGACCGAAGAGGACUCGCUCUGGACGGACCACUCAAACACGAAGACACAAACCUGGCUUCAUCCAGCAUAGUGAAGCAGGAGGUGCAGGGGAUGCUGGUCUCCUAUAAGGUCGUGGUGAAGAUGAUUGCUUCUGGGACCGUGGGAUCCAGUGAGGUGUCUCUGGAGCUGCCAUUCAAACUGAUGAAUCCUAACCCUGAAACAGCCAAAGAGAGUGAAUCAGAGGACUUUGUGUUCGAGGAGUUCAAGCGAGUUUACCUGAAGGGCGUCGUCUACGGAGACGAUGACGAGUCUCCUACUGACGCCUAAACUACUACAGAAUAGAAAGAUGUAUCCGUUUGUUUAAAAUGAAACUUUAUGACUGAUUUAAUGUGAGAAAUGGUCAUUCAUAAUAUUUGUACUUUUGAAGACAAAAACAGGAAUGAAAGUAAAAAAUAGAAUGCUAAUAAGUGUAAGUGACUCUUUGAAUGAAAGUUUCCCUGUACAUCCAGAUCUUAGUAUACGAUCGAUGCUUCUGACAUCCAGAAUCAGAAGCCGUUUAUUGUCAUAUAUGUAUAUAUAUACAUAUAUAUAUAUAUAUAUAUGUUACAUAUACAGGAAUUUGUUCUGGUGAUUGGUGCAGACGAAUAGAAUAAAAAUAAAAAGCAAAGAAACAUUCUAAACACAUAAGUACAUACAUUUUUUUGGACUACUGUGCAAAUGUCCUGGGGAUGUAGUGUCUGGGUCAGUGGGGGACCAACUGCUGAUGGGAAGAAACUGUUUGUGGUCCUGAUGGACCUCGCCCUCUCUGCAGAGCGGAGGACACGCUGCAGCUUGUCCUCGUCCUUGGCAGUGGCUGCAGCUUGUCCUCGUCCUUGGCAGUGGCUGCAGAGUACCACACGGUGAUGGAGGAGCAGAGGAUGGACUCGACGAUGGCCGUGUAGAAGUACACCAUCAUUGUCUUUGAGUCGCACAAAAUGAUGCAAAACUGAGAAAAACAGUGAUUGAUCGAUGCUGUUGAUAAUUCAAUCUAGUAAUCUUAUUUGAUGAUGAUUUAUGGGUUUCCUUAACUAAAAACAGUCAAAAGAUAAAAUAUCUAUCAUCUGGUUCAGAUGAUUUAUCUUGCCUUACUAAGUAUUUUCAAAGUUUAUGUGGCACAUUUAAAACAAAAGAUACACAGUCAAACAAAGACUGGAAUAGCUGUUGUCCGAGUUCCAACAUAAACCAAAACAAAGAAAAACAGGGCAGCGAGUGAACAUAUCGCGAUAUAAAGACUAAUCGUUCCCCUUUAAUUACCUGUGUACUCUCCCCUCACGCUGGUUUAUUCUUUCCCAAUUGAAAAAUCUAUGGAAAGAACCCACAGAACUUUUUCUGAUCUUAAGGAGUACUACGGGCCAAAAGUAUCACAAGCCUGAAAUACUAGGAGUCUGUAGUACUAGGAGUCUGUAGUACUAGGAGCCUGUAGUACUAGGAGCCUCAAGUAUUAGGAGUCUGUAGUACUAGGAGCCUGAUGCAUCACUCAUGAUAUUCAUUGAUAUUAUUUUAUAAAUAGUUUCAGAAUCACAUAUGUAUACUGGUGUACACUAAAUGCAUUUUAUAAAUUGGUCUAAUUUAUGAACAGGUUUGUCAGUUUGUUAACAAUAUUCUACAAGUACCAGGAGCAUGAAGUACCACUUAAAGCGUGAUGUAGCAUAGAAGAGGUCCACCAGCUACAAACAACCAGGGGAGGAAACCGCCUUGUUGUACUAGAUUAUUACAUUACAUUAUAUUACAUGUCAUCUAGUACCUGGUCAUGUUGUUCAGAAGAAGAAAAGUUCUUCAUCAGCCAUCCAUCCAUAAACCUCUUCAUACAAGGUCACAGGUGGGCUGGAGUCAAUCAGGUGAGA